AAAAUCAUAUUUUGGUGUCAGUUUGUUACAUUUGUGCUGCACAUUUCCCCAAACUUGCCACUACAGGUUGGGGUCCAACCUCUAGAGGGCGACCGCUGAAUUGCGCUGCUACGACCAUUCGCUAGAAGAAGAUAGACUUUGACGUCAACACGUUUGAGCAUGCCUACUACGCUCGAACAUAAACAAAGGCAGGACGCUGCGCUGCAAUUAACUCUACUCUCCGGUAAUUCUAUAUGCUAACUGUACUGAAAAAAUUGGAGAGCCACUUAUUUUUGCAAGCAUGGAAAACGCAUUGUUGAUGCGAGUGAGUGUUUUUACCGACCAAGGAGGCAGGAAAUACAUGGAGGAUGUGACCGAGGUCAUAGUAGAGCCCGAGCCGGGAGAAGACGAGCCGACGUCGGAUGAGGCAGAGGAUAGCAAUGGGGGAGACUGUACGGUCAGUUCUUUGGCAGGAGACACUCAGCCAGACCCGGCAUGUGAAACCGUGGCCUCCCCGCCUGUUUCAGAUGAAUCAUGUGAAUCUAUACGAACGGAAGAACAAAGUAUAAUAGUGGAAACAUCCUUAGACGGAGGUCAGAGCCCGGCGGGAGCUCAGCCGAGCGUCGCGAGUCGUUCCCGCCGUUCCGUGGCGUUCUUCGCUGUGUUUGACGGGCACGGGGGGCGCGAGGCUGCGCAGUUCGCUCGAGACUAUCUGUGGGAGUUCGUGAAGAAGCAGCGGGGCUUCUGGUCCGACUGUGACCGGGAGGUCUGCGCUGCUAUACGCAAAGGAUUCGUAGCCUGUCACCAUGCUAUGUGGAAAAAGCUCCCUGAAUGGCCAAAGACGCUUACAGGCCUUCCCAGCACAUCGGGCACCACAGCCAGCGUAGUCGUGAUCAGAGGAAACCGCAUGUAUGUGGCCCAUGUCGGGGACUCUGCAGUGGUUCUAGGUGUCCAGGACGACGACGCAAUCCCAUUCAUCAGAGCCGUGGAAGUCACACAAGACCACAAACCCGAGCUGCCCAGAGAGAGGGAGCGCAUUGAAGGUCUGGGAGGGAGCGUGAUCAAGAAAUCUGGAGUGAACCGGGUGGUCUGGAAGAGGCCACGGCUGAGUCACAAUGGCCCAGUCCGUCGGAGCACUGUCAUUGACCAGAUCCCAUUCUUGGCGGUAGCCCGAGCUCUAGGUGAUCUGUGGAGCUAUGACUUCUACAGCGGGGAGUUUGUGGUUUCUCCUGAGCCAGACACUAGUGUGGUGACCCUUGACCCCAGGAAACACCGCUACAUCAUCCUGGGCAGUGAUGGUCUGUGGAACAUGGUGCCACCUCAAGAGGCUAUCUCCAUGUGUCAGAACAACGACGAGGCAAUGGCACCAUGUGGGGUAUCGAGUGCCCGGCAGCUGGUCAGCCAUGCUCUGCUGCGGUGGCGCCAGCGCAUGUUGCGUGCUGACAACACCAGUGCCAUCGUGAUCGCUCUGCAGGAGCCCGGGACCCCCCAGGACACCCUGCACCACGAGGAAGUGCUGCUCGACUUAGCCAAGGUAUCCCAGUGUCCUCCCACUUCCUUAUCCCGUGCUGACACUCCUCUACUUCAGCGCCCCCCUGAGGAAGACUCUCUCUCCACUGUGUGCGAGCUCCUCCCCACCUUGGAGCGACGAGACGGGCUAUCAGGAAGCAACAGCCUGUACCAUAUGGAUCUGUCUGACCCGUUCACUCUGACUCCACUGUGUCCAAACACUAGUGCUGAGCUGCCCAGUCAGUCCAGUCCCACUGACAGGACCAUUGGGAGCAGGACACCAAAUAGCAAAAGAACUACUGAUGGAUCAUCAUCGCCGACGUUGGGCCAGUCAUCUAAGAAAGCCCGGCGCAGGACUGCUGACAGACCACCGUUAGUCCAACACAACGCAGAGAAGAAGCAGAAGGAGUCCAGUAACGUUUCCCCUAUUCUCCAGCAGCACAACAAGAGCACAGUGUGUGUGUGCUGAAACACACGGACGCAUCAACCUGCUGCCUCCCACCGUCAUACUGGUCUUCAGGGAUGUUUCUGUUCCUCAUGUUUGCUACUCUCCUGCACACCCUCAUGGUUCUAACCAGCCUUGCUCUGGAGGUCGUUGUCUUCUUGCUCAGCACCAGUACAAUACUCAUUUGAAAACUUUUUGGAAGAAUGCUAAUUUUAUGUCUUUGUUUCAGAUUCCUUCCUGAAAUGCUGAUUAUCGUCUUCUUCAGAAUCAAACUCUUGAUUCAUGUCUUACUUCAGCUUUUUCUGGUAACUGUUGUAAGAAAUAAGUAUAACUAAUAAUACUGGUGUAAAUAUUAUGCAUUUUAUAGGUGAGUAAUGAAAAGUAAGUCGAACAGUUCAUUUAAAACAAAUCUAUAUAUUUUUUAUACGUUCUGUUAUUGUAUGAUGAUAAAAGCUGAAUAUUUAGAUGAGCUCCACCACAGAUUUCAUCUCCUCCUCACUCUCCACAUACCAUUGUGUGCACACCCUGUGUUUAAGCGUAUUUAUGUAUUUUUAUUGGUAUCUUUAUACUUUAUCACUGGAUAUUUGUCUUGAAUAUAAACUGAAGGUGCUGCUACAGUCACAAACCAUAAGCUACUACAGUGUGUAUAUUGAUAUCUAAAUAUAUGUAAGUGUUGGUAGCAUUUCUUUUUGACAGUAUGUAUUUACCAGAACACAUCUGCCCUCCAUGAGGUGAUGGAAAACGUUUUAUUGCACAACACAUCUUAUAGAGUAGAUCCACUCCCUUGUUGUAAUUUGUAAUGAAGCAUAACAGAUAAUUUUUUGGUGUCUUCACUUCCUGUGAGCCUGCUCCAUCCAUCUUUCAGGUAGUGAUUUUCUAUGUUUUUGAGAAUUGCCUUUCAACAGCCGGCUGAAGCUUUUGCAGAGGUUGUUGUGUCUGUCUCUACAAUGAUAGACUUCUCUGAAACGAAGACUUCCUCUGGUUCUGGGGGACCAACACAAAGCCUGAUGUUUACAAUGAAUUAUGUUGUGCUGCCAGACGUCUGUUGUGGCUGCACUGGAGGUAUCACUGAUGUCACGUUGUCUAUGUCACAUCUGUGAGAAUCAGAAAAAUGCUCCAUCACAAGCACAUCGGUCCCUACAGACGAGUUCUGUCUCGCAGCACCACUCCAUCCUGCUACCUUGUUUUCUCUUGCUUGCAACAAGACAAUAAUGGAGGCUGAUUGAGAGGUCCCUUUAGCAUUCUCCCUACACAAGCCAUUGUCCCUCCAUGCUGCAGCUGCAGUUGUAUUGUUACUUAUGUAUGCACAAGGCUCAUUUGUGAGUAAAUACUCUCUGCAUGGACUUUGUAAGAGAAUAUUUUUGCACUAUUAUGGACCUUCAUCAUCUUUGAGAAGGAAGCUGUCCUGAAAAUGAAAAUGAUGCAGCUAGGAAUGGAUGACAUGAUUGGAGUCAAAAAAGAAAACACAGCAAACAGGAUGUUUGAGGACAAAAUGAUGUUAACUUUAACAAAUGGAAGGGAAUCCUCAUCAGUUUGAGCAGAUGUUUGCAGAUGUUUGCAUUGUGACCUCUUUUGGCACUGAUGGCUUUGUUAAGUAGAAAAAUAUUCACUAUGAGAGAAUAAUGACCAUUACACAAAUGUCUAAAUCUUUUUAAAACCUUGUUACAUGAUGAUGAUGUAUUUUCAUUUAGCUAAGUGCAAUUUCUAACAGGAAUUUGUAGCAUUAUGGAUUGGUUCAAAAUGUCGAUUGACAAAUGUUGGAGGAAUGAUACAUUCAUGUUUGACACAUUCUCUCUGCAGAUACAGUCCGUCACUUGGCUCGGGUCCGCUGUAUGUUUUUAUAUACUAUUUUUGAGUAGUCUACUCAUUUACUCUGUUGAAUAAUGAUAUACCUGAUUACAGAUGGCUGUGUUAACAGCAGAAAGUGCAUGUGUACAGUGUAAAUGUGAAAAACACUUAUCUGGAAAUGAACCUAUUUAAAUAAAAAGCUCUGAAGUAAA